CGAACAGUGACGAUAGACAAAGCUUUAAAGCUUCCGCGGCAAACGCGUCCGAGUCGAAUCAGAUCUCUCUGUACAUUGCAACUCGCUCUUUCAUCUCCCGCAGAGACGUUGCAUGGCGUUUUCAAGAUAACGCCGCCGUUUCCCGGGAUCUGAACCAUCUGAAGUAAUUUCUUUUUGUGAACUUGAAAAUCAGUGACUUAAUAUUUUCAGCAGAGCUCUUCUAAACCCUACAGACAUGAGUUUUGUUUUCCGGGGGACAAGAGCAGAUAUCGAAAGUGGAUUCCCGGAAUUUAUACCAGAGCGGCGUGCAAUGCGCGUUCAUGCAUCACGUUCUGUCAAUUCCAACUCACUUGCUUUUCUUGUCACAGUUCUUUUGUUAUUCAUGAUACUGAACUCGCACCAGAUGUCACCUAAUUUCCUGCUCUGGCUAGUUCUUGGCGUCUUUUUGAUGGCCACAACGUUAAGGAUGUACGCAACCUGUCAACAACUUCAAGCUCAAGCACAGGCUCAUGCAGCGGCAGCCAGCGGCCUUCUUGGUCAUACUGAAUUGCGGUUGCAUGUGCCACCAUCCAUAGCCCUAGCAACAAGAGGGCGCCUUCAAGGCCUCAGACUUCAGCUUGCACUUCUUGAUCGGGAAUUUGAUGACCUAGAUUAUGAAACUUUGCAGGCUUUGGAUUCUGAUAAUGUUCCAGCAGCUUCUUCUAUGAGUGAGGAAGAGAUAAAUGCUCUUCCAGUCCAUAAAUACAAGGUUAUGGGUCUUCAGACUGGUGCUUCAUCGAUUCAACAAGCUUCAUCUUCAGCACCCUCUGAGCAGAAGAAGCAAGAAACUGCUAACACAGUUGGGAGCACAAAAGCCUCAGAAGAUGAACUGACUUGCAGUGUUUGCUUGGAGCAAGUUAACGUGGGAGAACUAAUCCGCAGCCUUCCUUGCAUGCAUCAGUUCCAUGCUAGUUGCAUAGAUCCUUGGCUGAGGCAACAGGGAACCUGCCCAGUGUGUAAAUUCAGAGCAGGAUCGGUGGGGUGGCAUGAAAAUGGACAAGGUGGAAUGGAUCCUUCGUACAUGGUUUGAUUAUUAACAGUGUAACUAGUAGAUGUACCACCUGCAUAGUUAGGCACAUGGAGCUUAUGCCCAGCAUUGCUGUAAUUAUCGUGACAUAGGCAUUGGAAUGGCAGAAUAUUGUGUCCUUAAUACAACAAGUUUUGUGUAUUUGAUUUGAUUUCUUCAAAUCCGUAUUAAUGGAAUUAUCUGAUCGGUCUGAAAUUUAUGACA